CUGCUUUUCUCAAGAGAGCGACACCUGGUGACGUCACCCUUGCAAAUCACAUCAAUGCCAACUCACACACAACACAAACACUACUUGUGUGUGUGUGUGUGUGUGUGUGUGUGUGUGUGUGUGUGUGUGUGUGGAUGGAGACGCGGAGAGGGAGGGUGCGCAGAGAGUAACACUACAGCGCAGCGGAGAGCCACAGUCACACAGAGAAGCGAGAGCGCAGUGGAAGGACGCACUUUCCAUCGCGCUCCUGACAAAAACAGAGCUGGCUGCUGGAGAGUGGUGUGCCACAGACCCACACACACACACACACACACACACACACACACACACACACAAGACAAACACACACGGAGAGAUUUCGGGGAGUCUACGUCCAGGAUUGAGAGAUUUUGCGCAAGGCAUGGUGUUUGUUUGGAAAGUAAAUAAACAAUGCACUCUGCUGGCGACAACUAAUUCACGAAGAUGAGUCACCGAGGGGGUGAUGGACAACAUUCAGUGCUUCUGUGGUCUUCUCACGCGGGACAAAGUCCGGUAAACUGCACGAUUCUCACCCACAGAGCGAUAAGCGUCUCUCGGUCACCUUCGGAAAUGAUGUCUUGUGGCGACGUGCGUGGCGCGCCAGAGUGCGUGUGAGUGACUGACCGAUAGUCUUUCUGAGAAAGAAAGAGAGGCUGGAUAUAAACAGCAGCCAGGCUUUCAGGCAGCGACAGCCAGGCACUCAGAGCAGCCAUCUCGCCUCUCUCACAGCUCCUCAGACCCAUGCAGGAUGCCCGGAGAGCGCCGGGGAGUCCUGGUCCAGCUCAGCCCGAGUUCAUGACGCUCUGGGCGGCCUCGUCAUGCGUCUCUUGCCCGAGCCCAGCGCCCAGUCCCUCCGGCUCCUUUUCCUCUUUAUCUUCGUGAUGGGGGUGACCCCUUCCCCGGCUCUCACAGCCGGCUGCCCAGACAGAUGCGUGUGCGACGACCAGUUGGUGGUCCAGUGCGCCGGGCAGGAGCUCACCCAGUUCCCCAAUGACCUGCCCCUGGCAACCCGGCAGCUCAUCAUCUCCAACAACCGCAUCGUGGACCUUCCGGCGUUGCAGCUCAACUACCUGUCCGAUCUGGUCUAUCUGGACUGCAGCAACAACUCUCUGACUGAGAUCUCAGAGUCCACCUUCGGGAAUUUGCGGAAACUCGCCUACCUAGACUUGUCGUUCAACACCCUGCUGCAGAUCGAGGACCGGACUUUCGGGCCACUGGCGUCUCUGGUGAUGCUCCGGCUGACGGAUAAUCCGAGUCUGGGGGAGAUCCACCCGGACGCCUUCUCGGAGAACAUGGCUCUGCAGGUGCUGGAUGUGAGCCGGAACAACCUGACGGCCCUCAACAUCAGCAGUCUGAUCGCCCUGCCCGCUCUGAGAUCUCUGGGGCUCAGCGGCAACCCCUGGAGCUGCGACUGUGACACGGAGGACCUCUGCCUCUGGGUGCAGAUAGAGGGCUUCAAGUUCCAAGACGAGGGCCAGACAGUUUGCCACAAUCCCCCAGAGCUGGCGGGCCAGCGGUUGGCGGAGGUCGGCAUGCAGUUGCGGGCAGACUGCCACCAAGGCCUGGGCUACUGGGACUACCUCUUCUUCAUCGCCAUCGGCUUCGUCAUCUUCUCAGCUGGCACGGUGUCGGCCUGGGUGAUGGGGGUGCUCAUGGUGCUGUACGAGCGCUACAGCAAAAGGAAGAGCGAGGAGCUGGACAGCGACGAUGAGGACGAUAGGGGAGGGAUGGGCGGAGGAGGAUGUGGUGGAGGUGGAGGGAACCAGGGGAAUGGGGAUCUGAGUAAGCCCGACAUGCAGGUGUGACAGACUGAUGUGAAACAAGGAUGAGGAGGGAUGAGACAUAAGAGCAGGAGCAGAGGGGAAAAAAGACAGAGAGGAAGAACCAGAGGUGAUGAGAGGACUCUGAGACCAAAGGCUCUGCAAUGAACCAAGAUCUGACUGUCUCUCUUUGUUACAGAUUUAGAUAUCGCAAUAUGCUCUUCACCAUAUUGGACAGAAAGUGUGUGUGUGUAUGUGUGUGUGUGUGUGUGUGUGUGUGUGUGUGUGUGUGAGAGAGAGAGAGAGAGAAAGAGAGACAGACAGAGACAGCAAUAAGGAUGACUAUGCCUUCACUUCAGGAGUACAGAAUGACCUCUGAGAUUAUUGAGAGCAAUAACCCCCAUACACACAACCACAACCUCACACACACACACACACACACACACACACACACACACACACACACACACACACGCACACUGCUCAACUCAGCACAGAUACUCUAUGAAGUUGCUGGUUCCUCUGAGUGGGCGGAUGUACCUGCAUACUACUUUAAGCGCUCUUGAGUAACAUUCUGUAAAUGAUGAUUAUACCAAGAUAUGAUAUGUGAGCCACACACACACACACACACACACACACCACACACACACACACACACACACACACACACACACACACACACACACACACACACAGUAAAUUAAUACACCUAGGAAGGUACUGGGGGUCACAAAGAGAGUGAUGCCUUAUCUCUGCUACAAUAAAAAGGGAAACUAGUACAUUUCAGUAUUAAGAUGUGAUUUUCCUGAAUGCCUUAAGGCAACUAACUUGAAAUAGUGAACAAUCACUGUUGUCUCCUAUAGACAGAAUCUGUCCAGAAACAGUUUGGGAUAUGAUGAAUGUAAAAACAAAGAAUGAACUACAGCUCACUGUUAUGGAACAAAAAUAGAUAACCUUAACAGACUGGAGGCUUGGUUCUCCUGCUGUCGGUGGGAUUAACAUGUGACUUUUGAAGUUUAAAGGUACGUUGUGGAGUUUUCAACCAUUAGUGGCACUGGAGCAGGUCCCCAUUCAGUUUUUAUCUCGUGCUUUAUCUACACACAUGAGCACACUGGUGACCCGAUCCAUAUUGCUGGUGAUGUUUUUGCGCUAUUGUUCUGAUUGACAGUCUGCCACUGUCACAGAUAACUCACCAAAAAAUGUAGUUAGCAAACAUGGAUGUAAGCAUCACAGGUUUCAAAAAAUGUCAAAUAAAAAAAUCCGCUUUGCAAAUGUUUUACAAGGAAGGAAAUGCAUUGAACGUGUUUUUAGGCCUCACGGAUACAAACAAAUGCAUUUAUGCUAACAAUCAAUUUUGAAUUUAAACAUAAUUGUCUUUGUUGACAACUCUACAGGGUACCUUUAAAGAGCAACUUAACACCCCACUGAAAAUCUUGUUUUUGCUGAUGUCCAUUGGUUUUUACCUUGCUUGAGUGAUGCAGCAGUGUACUUUGGGGUGUGUCAGUACAUAUGACAUCACUUUUGGGUGUGGUUACUGGUACUACAGAACACAUUUCUGACCACACCCACCAGUAGUCACGUUUCCAUCCAAGUGUUGUGCACAUUUUAACCAAGUUUUCAGAAAUUGUGCAAAAGAAAACACUAAUUAUUGCACAUUUCUAUCCACUACUGUUAUGCUAAUAUUAGGAACUGGGCACACUAAGAUAAACAGCUGUUGGCACUAAUAUCAGUCAGACGCCAUGAAACCAUUGCAGAAGAAGAGCGCGCAACAAGAUGAUGUAAUUAAACGAUCACCAGUCAAACCUCAAAUGAUGGAAAACCAUGUCGAAAACACAAUGUAAAUAUUCUUGUUUGCUUUGUGUGUAUUAAUUUGAGGAAUGUUACAGUCUCCUCAUCGCUCCGCACAGAUCUGAUGUUUUUCAUCUGUCGCUGUUUUCAUCUCUCCAGUGGAGCCAAAGCUUCAGUGGACAUACGUUGUGAUUUAUUUGUCUGUUUCCACUUCAUGUCUCAUAUUGUUUUUCAAUCAAACUUUUCCACCUCAGCCAAGUGUUAAAACUUUUUUGCAUUUUCUUAUUUUAUUUUUUUCAAAUUUCCACUCAGGUUUUCUUAUGAGCAAAUUGAAAAUGUGCAUAAAAGCAGAUGGAUUGAAACACACUUAUUAAUGCCGGGUGUGGUCAGAAGUGAAACAGACCUGACUUGUUUAACCAGAAAGGGCAGUGAAACGCUGCUUUUCAGCCUGGUGUUAACUUACUUUUCAAGAUAAUCCCCCUGUGAAGAUGGGCAGAAGAUGUCUACCUAUAGCGACACUAUGUGACUGUAUCAUAUCUUGUGUGUAUUGUUCGUGUGUUUCUCUUCAUGUGUCUGUGUGUAUAUGCUUUCCUGUGCUGCGACCCACUCUGCGGUAGUUUUUCAUCCAAUCUACUUGAUCUCCAACCCACUGUCGUUGUGGGGAGUAGAGGGGGGGGCAGGUUCACUGUGGCAACACAUGAAGACAGCGUCAGGGUGAUCGGGGCGAGUCAGUCACAUAGCUAACGAUGACCCUACACUAUGUGACUGGAAGUCUCGCUUGGUUGCCCUAAUGUUACAGUUUUGCACAUACAGGCUAUAGAAGAGCUGUCAGGGUGGAAGUGGGCCUCUGGAGUAGUAGUAGUAGUGUGUGUGUGUGUGUGUGUGUGUGUGUGUGUGUGUGUUCAUGUAUGCGUGACUGUGUUCGUGUGUUAAAGUGGGGCAGAGCGAUCACAGAGCAUCUCUUUGAACAGCAUGGACGAGUGAUUCAUGAGCCCAGACUGAUCCAAACCCUUCUUCCUCCAUCCUGCUCCGCCUCUGCCCUGUCCGUCACGGGACGGAUGGGUGGUUAGAGAUGAUAAACGACAAGGUGUAGAUAGAGGUGGGGUGGAGAGAGAGUGGGGUCACUAUCAGGAGCAGGAAUUCAUCCUGAUUGAUGUACUAAGCAUCUGUAUUGAAAGACUGAUUGAUAGUCAGGCUUUUAUUCAUUUUCUGAGCUGAGUGGCUCCAAAUGCCCCGGAUGAAUGGGUAUGGUUAAAUGAUAACUCUCCGGAGGGCUUGGCAGAGAGUGUGUGUGUGUGUGUGUGUGUGUGUGUGUGUGUGUGUGUGUGUGUGUGUGUGUGUGUGUGUGUCAGUGUGUGUGUUUGUGCUCACAUGCGUGCAUGUUUAUAGCUAUUUCCAGCUUGGUUUACAAUGGUGACAGUAUAUCUUCAUGUGGAUGCAGAAGAGAGUUUUUCUUUACAAUAGAGAGGUAAUUUGUAAUCAAAAUCUGUCACACCAGAGCCUGAUGAAGCACAUCUUCACAGACACACACUUCCUCCCUCACUCUAACACAGAAUUUCUCUCUCUCUCUCUCUCUCUCUCUCUCACACACACACACACACAGAGACUCGCCCACAUGCACAAUAAAUCUCAAGGGCACAGCUAAAGUCAGAGCCGCGGGCCCGAGGACAUUAACACUCCUGUUUUGGUCUCUCUUACUAUGCAUCGAUACAUCCUCUUAUCCUUCCCUCCAACCUCAAUCUGACACUGUCAUCAGCUUUCACACAAUGCAGGCACUCACACUCAAACACACACACCUGGACAUAUAAUUUAUCUGUUAAAUCUUCAGGCUGUCAUUAUCAGAUCAUUUGUUCAAGGGGAAGCUUAGAGGCGCACAGGCUUUAGAUGACCUGCAGAUUGCUGGUGUCAAUCCUUCUUAUGUUACAUCACAUUCAUAAAAAGACAUUUGACUUACAAGAGCGCGACCUCACAGCUACGUCCCCGAACAUAUCCUUAAACACAGUGCUUCCUGUUUGGAACGAGCAGCUAUUUUGCUCGGAUGAUUGUCGGUUUUACGCUGACGACAAAUAUAGAGCUGUUUAACAGACAGAAAAUGUCGGUCCUUUACCAGCAGUAGGUCAGAGGACAGUGUGCAAAAAGGAUGAGGGGAGUGUAUGUGUGUGUGUGUGUGCGUGUGUUCGUUUGCGGGGCACUAUACUGGUGUUAACCCGUCACAAGACAGAACACAGGACAGAGUAAAAAUAUCACUGAUCUAAGAAGAAGAGGGCUUGUGUUUUGUGUGUGUGCAUGUGUGUAAUCAUCUGUGAAGGGGAAAAAGUUCUAUAGAGAUAUUUACAGUGCCUGAACUCAGAGUGUAUUCAUUAUGUUUGCCAGUGAAAAGAGACAUUUGUGUGGAUUUUUUGUUUAGAGGAGUUUCUUCAGGUAUUAUACGUGCCCGCUGGAGAGAAGCAUAAAGGCUAAGGAGUUCAGAAAAAUCGACAUGUUGUUGCUCAGAAAAUCAUUGCCGAUGGCGAUGUUCUGGAUGUGGCAAGCGAUGAUGAAUCAGAGGGAGGGGCCGCUUUGUAACUUCUCCCCUCCUCUCAUCAUCUUUUUGACACAUGCGCGUGGUUAUGUGUAUGUGUGUCUGGUACAUUCAUACAUCAUUACGCAGAGAAGGAAACAUCAUUAGCCCACUGAUUAGCGAUCAGAGGUGCUGUGUUGGCUCGCUGUUAGCGCUGCAGAUUGCAGAUGUCCUCAACCGCAACAGACCUGCAGAGACCGUACAGUCCUCCCUGUAUGAGUCUGUGUGUGAGUGAAUGUGUGUGUGUGUGUGUGUGUGUGUGUGUGUGUGUGUGUGUGUGUGUGUGUGUGUGUGUUUGUCCAAUAUGGGAUUUCUGAUAUUGAUACGGAUUCCAAUAUACCUGCUGAUGUACAGUGUAUUAUGUCUUUCUUUGUCGUUUCUUUUAGAGUUUUCUUUAGUUUUGUACAUCAUGAAUCAUAAGCAAUAAAGAACAUUAGGAUAAAGACUGGAUGAAAAGUAGUUUUCUAAGACUUUACUUGUUAAUACUAAGAAAGUGAUUUGAAUUCUUGUGCUGCAAUUGAACAGGAAUUCUUACAUGAAUAAAAACUACACAGUUAAAUAUUGUAAGAAUUUUUAUACCACAAAAAUCUUUUAAUUGUCUCAAAACAUUUCUUCUUUUUUUUACACGUGCAUAAGUGCUAAUAAUGAGUUUUGGAUCAAAUGCAUUCGUUCAGGGUGUAAACAGUGUCUGUAGGCCUAUCGGUUCAUCAGUUUAAAGUUAUAAUUAUUAAGAUUUUGACGAAAUCAAACCCAGUUUUUAAUACCACUUCUGGUUGUCGUUUUUUCAGCAAUAAUUAUUGUAUUAUCUCUCUACAUGAUAGUUUUCACUCUUAGUGGUAGAGUCCGCCGUUCAGAUUGCCUAGCUAAGCACAAGACAUUCACAGGAAAACUAUUUAGGCAUGUAAUCCAGCGCAAUUGUAUCCCAAUGACAACCGCCUCACCGUUUACUGUUUGCUCUCCUGACACCGUAUCAGAGCUGUUACUGCUAAUGCUAACUGAAUAUUUCCUACUGCUGCUAGUUCACAUUAAAAGCAUUCAACUAUUGAAACACAGGGUGGCUUUUAUUGUGAAUGUUGCUAUUUUUAUUGACUGACUUCAUUUUUAAAACAUUUGUUUAUUUGGCUGCACUGUAAACAGAUACAGCAGCCGCUCUUCUGUUGUAUUUCUGACAGAGAAGCUAACCACGAGUCACCAAAUCAACGAGGACAAACACCUUAAAGUCCAGCUGAAAUCGAAUUUAGUCAUCCCCUUUUCGUAGUUUCAAUUACUGUCAUCAUGUUUUUUAAAUGUUUUGGUAAUAUUUUUUAUUAUUAUAAGGAAGAAAAAAGGUAUAAAAUAUCAGAAAGGCUCCUUUUCGUGUAUUGAUUGACAGCAGUUAGCAGGCUUAGCCAUAGAAGGGACAUCUAACCAGCCUAAAGACAUCUAACGUUGGCAGGGAACUUUUCUUUGGUUAAUGUUUGUUUGGUUGCUCGUUCAACAAGCCAAGUUGCAGAACAAGACGCGUGUUUAUGUUUGUGAGUUAGAUAGAAAGAGACUUUAGCAGGAAAGCUGAUGUGGGCUAUUCAAAGUCUGUGACUCUGUGUUGUGUAGCCACUGUCAGCCUGAGAGUGACCGUCUGCACAGCGUAUGAUAGAACGCUGAUGUUACGAGAUUUGACUUUAUCGAAACAAGGUAUACCAUUGAAUUAAUGCAAAACGAGGGGGUGUCAAAAAAUAAAAUAAAAUAUACAUUCAAUAUACAUUUUCAGAUUUUUUCUUAAAGGAGAACACACGCAUGAUUUACUGUGUGUGUUAUACAGGGCAGAUACAGUAUGUAUGCUGUAGCAGACAAAACAACAUAAUUGCUAUCGGGAUUAAUGGCUUCCAUUGAUAUUAUAUUGACUGUGCCUACUGUGUGUGUGUGUGUGUCUCUGUGUGUGUGUGUGUGUGUGUGUGUGUGUGUGUGUGUGUGUGUGUGCACCUUGCUGCAGUAGCCUGUUAAGGCUCAAUUUCACAGAUAACCUCCAAUCUGUGAGGGUGGUAGGAGUAAUCUAAAGCUCUCACACACACACAGAGUGCAAAGAAAAACCGAAUGUAGACCUCAAUAAUCUUUGAGCCUGGCUAUGUCCACUUCUAUAAAUCAAUUUCCUGUAUAUUGCACACAAUCUGUCCGUCACAUGUGGCUGAACAUUAGGCAAAGAUUUGCCCCGCUGCUAACAUGCACCACAAUAACACACACACAUACACAAACAGUGGGCACUGGGAUAGGGUCAGGGGCUUAGAGCAGGAAGCAGAGGCUCACAGAUGACUUCAAUGAAUGCAUACAUGAAUGUUUUCACUCCCCCUCUCUCUGUAACUUUUCUUUCCCCCCUUUAUCUGUCCUCACACCCGGCUCCCACCUGCUUGGCUCAGAGCACUCCACCCUUCCACUUUCUCUUUUUUUCCACUCCCUCCCCCUCCUUCCCUUCAUUUCACUUGUGCUGCCAACUGCUCAGCCACUCCACUGGCAAAGAGCAGGCUCUAAUCCUUCACGCGGCCCUCGAAACUCUGCCUGCUGGAUCUUACAGCUUUGGAGCUUCUGGUGAGGAAGGAUAGCAGACAGAGAGGCGGACACAGACAGACAGAAAGAAACGGCUAAUGUAUAGUACUAAGAACACAAAACCCUAGAAGCACAACAGCAGCGCUAGAGACGAAACAUUUUGUGUAUGAGAGUGAGUGUGUGUGGGUGUGUGCUUGAGUUUGUGCUCAGUCUGAUCCCGUUAUUUCUCUGAGGGCGAUGUUAGAGCGUGAGCAUGAAGCACAGAGACCAUCUAAUGCAAUAAGUCAAUAAUACAUCCCAUCAUUGCACACACACACGCACAAAACAGCCUUCCAGGGGUAAAGAUGAGCAAAACCUCCAUUGUCGAUCCGCUCUUUUUGAACCAGUUCAUGUCUGUAGGUCCUACUCUACCUAUAACUCAAACACACUUUAUACUCAUACUGCUGUGGACAGCGUUGUCGACUGAUGAGGUGAAAAUCACAUAUGUGGAAAUAUUCAAAUGGACGCAGGAAAGGUGAAAAGUCAAACUCAACAACUGUAUAUGCAUCACUUUCAGCGUGACCCCACUUUGAGAGCUUACACACACACACACACACACACACACACACAUACACACAUAAACACACACAUGCACACUAUCCAGCAUAAAAGCCUUCCUGUAGAUGACAUUGUGUGGGAGCAGAGGAGAGUGUGGCUGUCAGCAGGAUUCCCUCUGCCUGCUUGCCCUUGAAUACUGUUAAGAGGAGCCUGAGAAGAAAAGAGCAGGGACUCACUGGUUGUAGGACAUACAAUCAAUAGAUGGUCAUUCUGGAAAGGAUCAUUGUGAGACUUAAAGGGAAAUGCUGGUAUUUUUGAAUUUAUUUUUUGGGGGGUAAUGGGUCAUACUAACUGCAUUCUCUGUUGUAGAGAUUCGGGAAAACAACAUAUAUCGGGGCAAGCAGCACAAACCUCCAAAUGAAGAAUUUUUCCAAGUAAACUUGAAUUUCAAAUGCUGGUCUCUUAGUCCUAACUAAUUUCAACAUAGGAAUUAGCCCCCUCCAUCUUUGUAGCUAACUCCACAUUGAUGUACCAAGCUAACGGUAGCUUGCAUUCAAUAAUGCUGCAUUCAAUUGAGCUGGGAAUGAUUUCACACCUGAGUCGACCACGUUCAAGUGUCGUUGACAAGUCGGAAAACUAGCCAGCUCUAGCCAGGUUAGCCAUUAAUCAUUGUUAGUGAUACCAGUUGAUAACAACUCAUUACACUGUAUUUUGAGCAUACAAAGCAACAUAGCAGCAAAGACGUUGGACAGUACUGUGUGUACAACUGAUUUAAUGAUUUAAAAGACAGAAAUGCUAAUAAACAGUAUAUUACUACAGCUUUCACUUAGCUGAUGCGCAGAGCAGCCAUCUUGGAUUUUGAGUUCGAGGUUGGUGAGGUUCUUCUGACUUCCGACUGAAAUUUCUGUGAACUUGGAAAUUCUGACUUCUUAGUUUAAAUGGAAUGCACGAUAAGACCAAGGCAGGAAAAUACUGGAAUUUUCUCUUAUCGUUGUUCAUCCAGAGUUAAUGAGGAGCUUUUAAAGCCCUUUACUCAAGAGAGACAUAUCUCUCAGUCAACGCUGAGUGAACUGUGUCGGCAGUAGGAAGGUGUACUAAUAGGACAAAAUAAUGAUUGUCAGACUGGAUGUCUAUCCUAGUAAAGUCAAUAUAGUACGAUUAAAACUUAAAGUAAAAAAAAGUAAAGACAGUAUUUAUAUAAUAAUAUAUUAGCUAAACAUUUCUGCAAAUGAGCCAGAACUAUAGUCUUAGUUUUUGUUCAUGCUUUACGCUUUGGUUUUAAAGGUUCCAGGCUGUGGACAGUGGUGAUUUUAAUAAAAAUAGUAUCAGGUGUAAAAAGUGACAACAAGCGCCUUUUUCAACACCCCAAUGUGACUAGAAGAGAGACGCAGAGGUCAGAAGUCAUGAGAGGGUUAGAGACAGAUGUUUCAUGAACAUGACACACUUUCUAUACAUUAGAAACACACCAUGUGCACUCAGUCAGACAACACAAAAAACAAAUACCAUGAUGAGCCGCAAUGCACCUGAGGGUCUCUGACCUAUAUUAUAAUGGGUCCACACACACACACACACACACACACACACACACACACACACAAACACACACACACACACAGCCUGGUAACAGUCACUGGUUGUCUGACUUACAGUAGCUCUCCUCUUUCUAGUCUCUCAUCUUUGGCUUUACACACUCCCACACACACACACACACACACACACACACACACACACACACGCAUUGAACACACUCAGACUAUUACUGUAUGAAUCUACACAGAACUUGCUUCUGUAUGACUUGCGGUUCUGGCUAUUUAAAAACUGCAGUAACUUAUAUUAAGUAACGUUUUAUCUUUUACUAUUAUUAAAAAUGAUAGUGAUGUUUAACCAACAA